CCACCGCCUUCUCGAACUUUCGCGCUCGUCACCCCAUAUAUACGCACCGCGACGACAUCCCCUGCCUCACAUCGUCACAUUCACAGAACAACUCGAACUCGAAUCGCAGCUCCAACAAAAAGCUCGACGCCCCAGCAGCAAUGGCGUCUCGCCGCUUCUUCUCCUACGACCCCUACGACUACUACUACACCUCCCCGUACCACUACUCCUACCCGUACUACCAGUACCAGCACCCGGCUCCGUCACGCGGCGUCAGCGGGUUCUUCCCGGACGCCGUGCCGGAGGCGGUGAAGGUGGACCCGCGGCCCAGGGUCGAGUCGUCGAGGCCAGUCUCUAUUCCCGUCCGCUUCGUCGGGUCUGACCCGGAGCCGGAGCGCCGGGCUACGGCAAGGAUGCCGGCGGCGUCGGCGGUGCCGAGGAAGCGGGCGCCGUCGGCGGAGGCGGCGGCGGUGAGGCUGCAGGCCGCGGCGCGCGGGUUCAUGGCGAGGAGGUCGGUGCGCGCUGUUCGCGAGGUGGAGCGCGAGGCGGCGGAGGUUGGCGAGAAGGUUGCCCGCGAGGCGGAAGCGCUGCGCGGGGACGCGAGGGCGCGGAUCGGCGUCGGGGAGUCGCUGAUGAAGUUGCUGCUGCGGCUCGACGCGGUGCGCGGCGCCCGGGAGUACCGGAGGAGGGUCACCAAGCGGGUGCUCGCGCUGCAGGAUGCCGUUGAUGCCCUCGAACCGAAGGCGGCGCCGGAAUCGGAGGCCGUGGCGGAGGGGAACGAGUCCGAUGUGACGGCCGAGAUGGCGGAAGACAGCGCGGCGGCGGCGGCGUCGACGGAGCUCCCGGUCGAUGCGGAGCGCGGCGGUGAGAUUGAGAUGAAGGCAGCGGCUGAGACGGCUGCGGAUAUGGAGGUGGACGGGGACAGAGCUGACAGCGCGUCGGUGCCAGAAGCGGUGGAGGAAUCGGAAAAAUUGCAGGACGGCGGGAACAUUGACGGCUCCGACGACCCGGAAGGUUCCGAUGAUGCGGAGGGCGAGUGGGAGAUGGUGGCGGAGGAAGCGGAGCCUACAACGGCGGCGGCGUCCACCGACGCGCCCUCGCAGGAACCGAUGGCGAGGGAGGUAAUGAGGACGACGGGGGAGGCCGGAGCUGCCGCCGACAGCAACCUGGACACUCGGAAGGUGAUGGAGAUGGUGGCGGCGCUGUGCGAGCAGAACGCGCAGCAGUGCGCGGUGAUCAGGGCUCUGGCGGAGCGCGUGGACACGCUGGAGCGCGCCGUGCGGCGGGUGGAGGACGCCGAGCGCCGCCGCCGCCGUGGCAAGAAGCGGAAGGAGGGGAAGGGGAGCAAGGGCAACAACAGCAAGUGCUACAGCGAUUGAUGAGGACCGCAAAUCUGAACUCCAAUAACAGCUCUGCUCACAAAGCUUCUUGUAUCUCAGUAGCGAAGAGAAGUUUAUUUUGUCGCUUUAUUUCAUUUGUUUUUUCUCCUAAAACUGCCGGGAUUUGUUCUCGGCCUGUGGUGGCGUUCAUUUGAUCUGUAUAAUUAGGGCCUUGUUUAGUUUCAAAAAUUUUGCAAAAUUUUUCAGAUUUUCCGUCA